GUCCGCUCACCUCUGCCUGUCAGCCGGCCCCGAGGGGAGGGACAUGGGCGGAGCCCCGGGUGCUGGAGGCCGGUGACAUCACCCAGAAGAUCGUGUCCCCCCCAGUACCCGAGACCGGAGCCGAGGGCCGUGUCCAGGGCCGCGUCAGGGGGCAGGAGGGUGGGGAGCGCAGGCCGGGAGCGCCGAGCCUGCAGUGGGGACGAGAGCAGGCAGGCGCCUCCUGUCCAGCCUCUUCCUCCAUUCGGCCUUAACCCUCCCCGCCCCCCUCAGUUGACUUCUGCAAACGUCUAGCGGGCACCUGAGCUGGGCCACACCCUCGAGUGCCUGCGCCCUGGGCAGGAAGCAGGCGGGCCCGGUGGGACCUGGGCCUGCCUCCCCUUGGUGCUCAGAGCCAUGGGUACCUGGGUGUUUCAUCCCAGCGUUCCGCCUUAAGUUCUCCUGGAUCUCCACUCCAGCCCUUGGGGAGGGAUGCAAACCUGCCUGUCACCACUAAGUACGACUGAUAACCUCGCUUCCUCCUCCCCAGGGAGCCCAGGGGAGGCGCCCUCCCGAGGCCACCGCUGCUCAUGCAGACCACUCAGCCAUCUGGCUACUGAUGUCAUGAGUAACACGACAGUGCCCAAUGCCCCCCAGGCCAACAGUGACUCCAUGGUGGGCUAUGUGUUGGGGCCUUUCUUCCUCAUCACCCUGGUCGGGGUGGUGGUGGCUGUGGUGAUGUACAUGCAGAAGAAGCAGCGGGUGGACAGGCUGCGCCACCACCUGCUCCCCAUGUAUAGCUACGACCCCGCGGAAGAGCUCCAUGAGGCUGAGCAAGAGUUGCUGUCUGACGUGGGCGACCCCAAGGUGGUUCGCGGCUGGCAGAGCAGCUACCAGCACAAGAGGGUGCCCUUGCUGGACAUCAAGACGUAGACUGGUCAUGCUCCCUCCCCCCAUGCUACCCACCCAGACAGGUGCAGGGUAUCUAUUGGGGAAGCACCCUUGGCUGGUGCCAGGCCAAGCCGGCCUGGCACUUAAAGAGUGGGUGGCUGGGUGACAGCUUUGCUUCCUCUAGCCUGCUUGGAGUUGGUUUUGCAUAAUCCAAGAGGCCUCUGAAGUUGUUCCCAUGGUGACAGGCUCAGAUGUAUAGUAUCCAGUGUAUAUAUUUUGUAAAUAAACUUUUGUGGCUUCAA